AAUACAUGGAUUAGUGUGUGUCUUAUUGUUAUGAAUAUCCUAUUUUUAGUGUACCACUCUAUCAGUUUCACUGCAGCCAUGGAUGCAAAACAAUUAGCCUCAUCUAUUGCACAAUUCUCUGCCAAGUUCUGUAAUGAACUGGAUAAGAACAAGAGUGUGGUGUCUUCUCCUCUAUCAGCAGAAAUCCUACUUGCUCUAUUAACUUUAGGUACUACUGAACCUGCACAUGAUGAGUUACUUACGGCGCUUGGGAUUCCUGAUGAUGCUUCGAUCCGAUCAGGCUUCUCGGUGGUGUCCGACAAGCUGAAAUCCAUAAAGGGCGUCACCUUGAACGUGGCCAACAAAGUGUACGUGAUGGAGGGCGCUUACGACCUGCACUCAGAGCUGAAGCAAGAUGCCAUUAAGGUGUUCGACGCUGGCUUUGAGAAAGUCAACUUCGAGGAGUCUGCAGCCGCGGCUAGUCUUAUCAACAAAUGGAUUGGCAUCGCCCCAGGUACCAUCAUCAUCAACAACGGACUUCAGUCAUCACAUAUUGCAAAGGUAUACGCCUUCAUUCAAGUGAAAAGACUUGCCACAAUCUACGGGACGAAGUAUCGGAGUCAUUUGAAACAAAAUGAAACAAAGAAUAGGAAAUCUAGGAAUCUUGCAUAA